CUAUUGUGUAAUUUUGUAGAUAAGUAAAUAUUGAUGAUCAUUCCUUAGAGCUCGAGUCUAAUGAGGAUCCCCAGGCCCAUCCAGCCAGGCGUGGACGUGGAGGAGGGUCGUCCUACACGGCUUCAUCACAUCCGCCUAUUUAAAGGGACUAAGGUGGGCGGUUCGUAGAACCUGCUUGGGAGGAGAUAGAGAGCUCCGAGACUGGACGAAGUAGGAGAGGUCAUGAGUCGAGUGAUCCUAACUUUGUUAGGAGCUUCCAUGGCCAUGUCACAUAUGCGCUUUGGAUGAGGAUUGGAGACAGAGGGGUCAUCAUUUGCUACAACCGUACAUGCGCGGUUGACUAUCUACAAUAGUAUGUGUUUAGAGAUGGUGAGGCGGAGGAGCUGGUUCAGUAUGCAGAUCUCCAACACUUGAUGUAUUAUAUGUUCCGCAAGAUAUUGAUUGACAAAGUGAUUCCAGUCUAAAUGCACACAUUUAACCUCUCAUUUCUUGAUAGUUUGAAUUUGCAUUUCAUCGUCACUCGACCUAUUUUACGCUAGGGUGUGCUUGUUUUGUCAUAUUUCAGGUCCUAGCACGUGUGGGACGGUCGAGGACGAGUUUCGGGUCGAUUGGAGGUUGAAAAUCACGAAAAAGUGAAAAAAAACAGUGAAUUGCCUCGAGAUCGUGAAGUGCGGAGGUUCCAGCACAGUUUUCGGUUUCACUAGACUCAAGCCAGUUCACGGUCGUAAGACCGUGAACUCAAGCCAAUGACCAUGAACUGAGUUAGUGAAGCGGCAUGUUUCGGCCCGAAAUAAUGCUCCCCGCCUUGAGUUCACGGCCGUGAACUGGGACUGUGAUCUUAGCCCGAUCUGGGUAUAAAAGGGGAAGUGAGCUGAAGGAUAAGGAGAGCUUUUUUCUAGGGUUUUAGUUUCUUAAUAAAGGGGGGUUUCUAUUGAGAGAUUAGGGUUUCCUCUUCCCAUUCUAGAGAGAGAAAGUGACAUUCAAAGGAUGAAGAGGGAGAUUGGGCUCAUUUCAAACUAGAGGAGUGAAGGUUUCUUCUUCUAAAAGGGAGAUUCAAGCAACAAGGAGGAAGUAUUUUUAUCUUUUCAUGGUUCUUUCUCUAAUUUUCCUUGUUCUCCUUUGCCUAGCUAUGGAAUAGCCUACCUAUUCACUUGGGUGUUUGUAAACCCUAGCUACAAUUAUGUGAAUGUUUGUAUGGAUUGAAUGAUUUGUGUGUGGUGGUGUUUAAUGUGAAUGUGGAGGUAUUAUUCAUGAAUGAUUGUGUUGUUUGAAGGCCUAUCAAUCUAAUUUCCAUUCUAACCUAGGUGGAGUGAAAAUCCCCUUCCUUUCUCUGAAGAGGCUUGAAUGCUGGGUUUUCUUAUGCGAUUUGUUGUCUCUUAUCUAGGUUAGUGUAAGCAAACCUCCUAUUUCGUAUUAGCACCUAGGGUUUGGUUGUGGGUGGCCGUCCGAACUCCGAUUCGAGGGUGAAGUCUAACCAAUCCAUAGUCAAUAGAUCGAGAGAGUCACGUUGGUGGCUUGGAUCGUAUCCCCUUCCCUCGACCUAGAGACUAAGAGAGUGGCGCUUGGCUACUUGUUACAUUUCCCUACGGUUUACAACCCCCUCACCACCCACGCCCAUUCGACCCAACAAGUCGUAAUUGCUAGCUAAGGGGAACAACACCCGGGUGAAGCCAUCUCUCAUUGGAACAACCUUGAUUUACUUUACUCACUUGUUUUCAUUUGUAGGUUUAUGAGUUUUAAACCCAAAAACGUUUUCUAGAUAACAAACUAAGCGAUUGAAGUAGGGGUACAUUGACUGACCCAGGUUUGACAAUUAAAAUAUACUUGCCAUAUACUACCCGCCACCCAGUUAGAGUUUAUGCUUGAGCUCUAGUCGAGAUUUAAAAUGCGGUGUAUCCGUGGCGAGUCAAGUUUUUGGCUCCGUUGCCGGGGAAUCACGGUCCAUUAUUUUGAAAAGGUCGCUUAGUGUUACUCUAGCAUUUUCUAUCUUGCCUUUUUGUUUGUGUUUUGUGUUUCAUGUGUGUUUUAUUUACCACUCUUUCUCUUGAAGGGUGGUUUGUGUGUGUGUUUGGUUUUCCUUCUUAUUGUUUUUGUGUUUGUAGGUAUCAGAUCAUGGAUCCUUAUGAUCUCACCCAAGUGUGGGGGUAUCCACCACCACCCGAGAGUGGUUAUCGCGGAACUUCAUGGGACGAUCAAAAUGGGGGAAGUCAAGGAUCUGGGUUCUACUACCAACCCCCCUUCCAAGAUGAACAAGCAUACCAAUGGGGGUAUCAAGAAGCUUCCCCAUGUCAAGAAGAUUUCCCUCAACAACCCGAGGAGAAAUCCAAUUUGGAGUUGUCCAUGGAGGCUUUCAUGGGGCAUUUGACACCAUGUUCCACUCCACAACCGGAGGCGAAGAGCGAAUUAGAGCUCAUGGUGGAGUGACUUUCCCGAGGCACUGAUGAAGGGUGCUCUAGCAUGGUCCUCCCAAUUUCCACCCCUUUCGACUCAACCUUUCUAGGGGAAUCGGAGGAGCUCCUUCAACACAUGGAGAGGCUAGGAGGGCUUGUUGAGAAAGAAUGUGCACAACUUGCUCACAAUCAUAUCAUACCAUUAGAAGGAAGAAAGGAAGUCGGAGAGGCGAGCCAUGAGAAUUUUGGAAGAACAAGCUCCGACAUGGAUUUCCAACCCCUCCCUCCUCCCGGUUCGACACUAGAAGAGAAGGUGGCACGAGCUUGUGCGCGCCAUCGCCUCUCAAAAUUGGAAGAAGAAGUGGAGGUUGAAGGGGCAAUCAAUGACAACCAUGUGG